CUCUGUAGCUGCCGAUCUGCAUAAGCAACAAUGUCGCGUCAGCACUAUCUCAAGGCCGGCGAGGUGAGGCCAGAUCACACGACAGACAAUGAGGCAAGCACACACACACAGGGCUCCUGCUGCUUCCUUUGUGUUGUGUGUGUCAUUCAUAAGGUGGCCUUCAGCAAGAUGGACAAAGUGGUGAGCGAGACGGACGAGGGAUGGGCCGAUGAAAUGAAUGAUGGCGAUGGAUGAGCUGAGCUGAUCUCUCUCUGUGUGUGGCAGAGCGCGGAGCUGCUUGCCUUGACGUACGGCUCGCUCGUCACACAGCUGCUCAAAGACAAAGAAGAAAUCGGUGGGUUGACCACAUCCACGCGUCUGUCUGCUCUGCCUGUGCAAGGUGUGCCUGCCUGCCUGGUAUGUUUGGUGUGGUGUGUGUCGUGUACCAUCAGAGUCGGUGAACGUUCAGCUGGAGAAGAUGGGUUACAACAUCGGCAUUCGGCUGGUGGACGAGUUCCUCGCCAAGAGCGGCAUCGGACCGUGCCAGGACUUCAGAGAUACCGCAGAAGUCAUCGCCAAGGCAACCACACACGCGCGCGCACACACACAAAAACACACGCACCACAGCGAGUGACCGAUGCACACGAAUGAGUGUUUGUCUGGUGCGUGCAUCGAUCAGGUGGCUUUGAAGAUGUUUCUGAACGUCACAGCUGACGUGACGGGAUGGAACAGCGACCUGACGGCGUGCACACUCGUCCUGCACGACAACCCACUGUGAGCAUCCACCCUGCCGACACGCAUCCAUGCAGCUGCCAUGUGUGUACCUGCCUGCCUGGUUGCCUGUGUGUGUUGGCCUAACUCAGCAAUGAGUUUGUGGAGCUGCCGGCCAGCAUGGCGGGCCUCAAGUACGGCGAACUCAUCUGCGGCGUCAUACGAGGCGGCCUCGAGCAGGCAAGCCUGUCUGUCUGUCUGUCUGAAUGAAUGAAUGAAAGACACACACGUACCAGAGCAACCAACGUCCAGCACAUGAGUGUGCCCCUUCAUGUGCUGUCUGUCUGUGUGGUCUGUGUGGGCUUUGUGUGUGUGUCAACUGAUCAGGUGCACAUGCGUGUGUCGUGCACGUUUGUCAAGGACGUGUUGAAGGGCGACGACACGAGCGAGAUAGCCCUCGAGUUCAAGGAGAUACUCAAGGAGGAAUUCGUGGACGAAGACGAGUGAAGCGAAGCGAUUAAUUGAGCCGGAUGAAUGCGAACACUUGUCAGUCAGUGACCGGCCUGCUGUUUGCUGUUUAUCGGCGUCUCAUGUCCGCAAUCACCAGACUGGCUACAUGUGUGAAUGUGUGUACCAUAUAUAUGAACGGCACUCUCUCCAUUGCAAAACG